AUGGGUAUUGGGGAAUGGGUAUUAGAUGGGAAAAAGUCGGUAUUAGAAGUAUUAGAAUGCGAUAUAACACCAGAGCGUUCGUGGUCGAGAGAAGGAGACCAUGUCCCUUACUCGUAUCUGCCUUUGGUCAGGGACCGAGAGCUGCAUAGGAUUAAGAUUCGCCUUGCUGGGAUUAAGGUCGGCCUCCUCCACCUUCUGACGUCGAUGGAGGUGAGAGAGAGCCCCUCCUCCAUCUACCCAGUGCCCCUCGACCCCAAAGUCCUCACCCUCCAGCCCAAGGACGGCAUCUACGUGGACCUCAAGCCUCUAGAAGCUGGAAUCGACGGUACCAUCAAGGAAGAGAUGGUUAAAUACCCAUCUUCAAGUUCUUAUGACCAAGGGCUUGUGCGUGAGCUCGAGAUGUUUUAUGCUACGGAGGAAUCAAAUAGCGAGCUUAAAACGUCCUGAGUGUUUUUUUAAUCUAUAGUGCUAUUUUUUCGGAAAAAGUCGAUAUUUUAAAUAUUUUAUACAGAAAGUUGGAUAUGUUCGUGUGUGAUACUGGAAUGUGUGGUGUAAAUGACGUUUAUUUUUGUAGUUCCUAAAAAAAGUUUUUUAA